CAUGACGAGCAAAGUGGGCGUAGAGCACUGGCAGAGCGGGGAGUGGGUAGUUAGAGGCCGACGCGAGUCACUGGGGGGCGAAUGAGCGAAUAACAGCCGCUCCGGGAGAGGGGAGCUCCGGGCACCGGGCCCACGUAGCCCGGCCUUUUUCCCAUGUCUCGUAAAGCCGCUGCAGAGGAGGGGCGGCGAGGACGGAGGGGGAGGCGGAGAAGCGGUGCGCUGUGAGGGAGCGGAGGGGGACGAUGCGGACAUUCAUCGAGAAGUACGACCCGACCAUUGAGGAUUUCUACCGCAAGGAGAUAGAGGUAGACUCGUCCCCCUCCGUGCUGGAGAUCCUGGACACGGCCGGUACCGAGCAGUUCGCCUCUAUGCGGGACUUGUACAUCAAGAACGGGCAGGGCUUCAUCCUAGUGUACAGCAUGGUGAACCAGCAGAGCUUCCAGGAUAUCAAGCCCAUGAGGGACCAGAUCAUCCGCGUCAAAAGAUAUGAAAAAGUGCCAGUAAUUUUGGUUGGCAACAAAGUUGAUCUAGAAAGCGAACGUGAGGUGUCAUCAAAUGAGGGUCGUGCAUUGGCAGAGGAUUGGGGAUGCCCUUUUAUGGAAACAUCUGCUAAGAGUAAAACAAUGGUGGAUGAGCUCUUUGCUGAAAUAGUGAGACAAAUGAACUAUGCAGCCCAACCAGAUAAGGAUGACCCGUGCUGUUCUGCGUGCAAUAUACAGUAGUGUUCAUUUAGAAGGAAUUAAUCCAGUUAGAUAUUUUUUCACAGCAAUGAUUUAAAAUAAACUUCAGUUUUUUAAAAAUAUGUGAAUCAUCCAAAGAAAAGCUUUGAGAAAAAAAAUCAUUGACUGUGUAAGAAACAAACAUUGCGUGGAUAAUGUGCAAAUAUUUUUUUUCUUUUUCUUAAAUUUAGGUUUGCAAAUUCAUAAGUUUAGCUAUUGUAUGAUCUAAAAUUUACAUUACAUGGCUUAUGUGUUAUGUGGCUCCCUGCCAUAUACAAUUUCUUCCUGAGUUACCUUGGGAUUUACAGUUUUGUAAAUACUUCCUAUAAGUAAACUUGCCAACGUUUGCUCUUACCCUACAAGCAGUGGAAGUGUUUUAAUUGCAAAUCCAGAAAAAGGUAAUUAAUACAAAAAAUCUACAGAAGAUCUGGGAUAGUCACCAAAAAAAAUAUGAGCCAAGUCUGGUGGUGCAAAGCUGUAUGCUUUUAUUUGCUGGAGUUUGUUUAUAUUAGUUUGGUUUUAGUUUAGGAGCUUUUAUUAUUGCCCCUAGUGAAGAAGACUUACGUCUUAAGAAACAAACACUUUAGUAUCUAGUGAAACACUGCUUUUGUGAUUGGAAAGGGUAUUUCACCAACUAUGAAUACCAUUUUUUGGGAAAAGAAGCCAUGUUGCACACAGUCCUCUUAUGAAAUUCCCGGAAAGGACAAACAUGCGUUUUGUGCGAGUGUACUAAAAAUACAAUUAUUCUACUGAAACAGUCUCUUCAGAGUUUUUCUUUUGAGUGUUUCCAUGAAACAUGAUUUUACUGGAAGCCCUUAAAAAUUUAAGAAUUGCAAUUUUUAUUGUUGAUGCACACGACCGUGAGGUAGAAUGUUCCUGGGUGCUAAAGCUAAACAUCAAGUAUAUAUCAUUUGCAUGGGCAAUGCUGCAAGUUUAUGCUUAAUGCUGUCUGAAACUGCAUUGUGUGGAGUUAUAUCUUAAAAGAGAAAUUCAGUUGUCCUUUCACUCUAAAGAGAUACUGACACCGGAAAUUAAAUAUUUUUUUUUACAUCUAUCAUAACAUUGUCUUUUCAUGCUGUUUGUAGUUUUGCCUUAAAUGUAUUUGCCUGAUUCUUUUACAUUACCUUUCUGAUCCCCCAUAUUUUUUUAUGACGGGGGCUGCCAUAUUUGUGCAGCAGGAGUCCGUUGGCAUUUGAAGCUAUAACUGACAGGUUGACAGUCAAGUUGGCAAAACUGUCAGGUUUAGGAACCUUAGGUAACAAUUACUUAAGAAAAGCAGCCCUAUCUGUGAAAAUUGAUUCCCAUGACCUAUGGGUAACUUUUAAUGUAAUUAAUAUUGUGAAGAGUGUUUUUUUUUGUGUCAGUAUCACUUUAAGGAAACGCAAAGCCCAUUUAAUACUACAUAUAAAAUAACCUAUUACUCAUACUUGUGAGAAUAGUUCUUUUUUAAUGUGAAUGAAAUGCUGUGUGAAUGUGCAGACAUAAGUAUCCUAACAAAUACCGUUUGGGGUGAUAUUUUAGGUGUUGACACAUCUUUGUAAAUAUGUGUUCUCUCUCAGAAAGUACUUGUACUGUUUAAUUUGCUUUCAAACUUAACAAAGCUCUACAUAAAAACAAAAUUUUUGAGACAGUGAUUUCUAAGGGAUGUGCAUUAAAGGUGCUAAAUUCCUGGUCAAAAUUGUUUAAAAAAUAUUUCUCUCUUUGCUUUAUUUGCAUUGCAUUAAAUAUGGAUUAUGCCUCAAAA